AUGCCAGUAGCUUGUGAGACAUACUACUCCGUAGUUGCGGAUCUUUUGAGGAACGAAGCUCGAGCUCCGUAUCAACUGCACGGGCUAAAAUCUGCUUUUGAUCUGAUUUUCUUGGAUCUCCUACUUGGCACAAUGCACAUAUUCCACCUCAUUUAUAAAGCUUUGGAGCAUGUCUUCUUGUAUGUCAUCCAACUUGCAUUGAAGACUUUGGCCAAAGGUCCUAUCCCACGACAUGUAGCGUUCAUAAUGGAUGGAAACCGACGAUAUGCAAAAGAGAACGACCUUUCUGUCGCAUCGGGUUAUUUAGCUGGUGCAAAGGUUCUAACGAAGAUCGUGGAUCUAUGCUUCGACUGCGGAAUCAAUACCAUAUCCCUCUAUGCCUUCAGCCUUGAAAACUUCCACCGACCCAAAGAGCAGGUUGAUAUUCUUAUGAAGUUGCUGGAUGGGACACUUGGAGAAAUGGGCGACAAUGACCCAUUGGUGAAGAAACAUGAUAUUAGAAUCAGAGUAUUGGGUCGUUUGGAAUUGCUAGAAGAUAACGCUUUGAGGGCUAUUGUCAAGGCUACGAACGCCACGAAGAACAAUCAGGGUAAGGUUUUGAACAUUUGUAUCGCUUAUACUAGCAGGGAUGAGAUAACCUCUGCUAUCAGAGAGACUGUUGCUGCAUCUGGCUUCCUUGGCAAGAUCACGGCAAAGUCUUUGACGGAGAAUAUGUUUAUGGGGUUUCCGCCACUGGAUAUUAUGAUACGUACUUCGGGAGUCUACCGGUUGAGUGAUUUUAUGCUCUGGCAGUGCCACCAAGAUACUGAUAUAGAGGUUGUGGGGAUGAACUGGCCUGAUUUUGGAAGAUGGGAUAUAGGUUUGAUUUUGUUGAGAUGGCAAAGUAGAAGAAGAACUCUGACUGAUAUGUAA